CCAAAUGCAGCUGGCAGAUAAAACGUCAAAGUAAAAACCGAGCUUCCACGACUGGAAAAUGAACUCCUUUCCUGCUUACUCAGAUACGUAGGUAUGCGUAGUUCUCUCACCACUGCGGGGAAAUUUCUCGGCUGUGGUCUAGCUAAGCACGCUUUGCGCUCGGCAGUGGAGUCACGGUAGUAGGAAGUAGGGGUAGGGUAGGAGGAGGUGGGAGAGAUCCAGAUACACGGGGACCAGGCAGUUUCCAAUAAUGCCUUAAUUAACCGUGGGAUAAUCUAUUUUAUCGCCGAACGGGAAUAUCAUGAAUCUGUUUUCUUCUUCUCAUUUCCAGUCUCCUCGUUUCUAAGGCUGGUUUAAAGAAGAAACUCGUAUUAUCAUGGCGCGUCCAUUCAAUAAGGUUCUCAUUGUCGGCGCUGGCCCGUCAGGACUCCUCCUUGCUCUCCUCUUGUCUAAACAUGGGAUUGCCGUGGAGAUCUUCGAGGCCUCGCACGAGCUUGACAAGCAGCCUCGCGCCGCAAUCUACGGAUCCUCCGCGGUUCCGGAGUUGCGGCGCGCUGGUAUUAUUGACGAGAUCCGUCGGCGGGGCAUGAGCCCGACAUCGGUCAGCUGGCGCCGGUGGGGUGAUCACUCCGUUAUCACCGGUAUGGAUGGAUCGUCGAUGGCCGACGUGAACGGCGAGGACAUGCGCAUGGCGUGUCUUGUUCUGGACCAGCUGGAUGAGCUCAUGCUCGAGGAGUUCCUCACCAAGUAUAAUGGCACGAUACACUGGAAGCACAAGGUUACUGGUACAGGCCAGGACGAUACGCAGGCGUGGAUCGAUGUCGACACCCCGGAGGGCCCGAAGAAGUUCUACGGCGAUUACAUUGUUGGGUGUGACGGCGCGGGUAGCCAGGUGCGGAAAUCACUGUUUGGAGACGAGUUCCCCGGCUUUACGUGGGAGAGGCAAAUUGUUGCUACGAAUGUAUAUUAUGAUUUCUCCAAGUUCGGCUGGCAAGACUCAAGCUUCACGCUACAUCCGGAGCACUUCUUUAUGGCCGCUAGAAUUACCCCUGAUGGUCUCUACCGAGUAACUUACGGUGAAAGCCCUGGGCUGUCGUGGGAGGAGAUGAAGGAGCGGCAGGCGUGGAAAUACGAGAUGAUGUUGCCGGGUCAUCCUAAGCCGGGUGACUACAAGAUGGUGAUGAUGUCGCCAUACAGGAUGCACCAGCGCUGCGCGCCGUCCUUCCGCGUCGGUCGGAUUAUGUUGGCCGCCGACGCAGCGCAUCUAUGCAAUCCAUGGGGCGGUAUGGGCAUCACGGGCGGCUUCGUCGACGUCGGUGGGUUAUACGACUGUCUAGCUGGGAUCUGGGACGGGAAGGCAGACGAGUCCAUCCUAGAUCUCUACAGUGAGAAGCGCAUCGAUAAGUGGAAGAACGUCAUCAACCCGGUGUCGAGUGACAACUUCCGCCGCGUCUCGGAUAGCGAUCCUGACACCCUACUGGAGAGGGACCCCGUGCUGCAGGCUUGUAAGGCGGCCGAAGGCAACCCCGAGGCUCAGAAGGAAAUGGCUUUGGCUUCGUUCUCUGUGUGCUAUGACUUCACGCAACAUUAUAAGGCGUAAUUUCUGUCUAAGCGUCUAUGGUUUGGAAUGCAGAGAUCAUUAUGUUUUUAUAUCUCGCUGUACAUAGGAUUAUGAGAGCAAUCUGGCAAACAAUGACGAUCGCCAAUAUAUAAUAUUAUUCCUCAUAUUCAUUUAGGGCCCCGAGUCUUCUUCAACUACUUUAUAUUUAAACAGGAUCCUAUUUCGCCUGAAAUUGAAUAAUGUGAACCCAUAACUUUGACGUACGUAUACGCGCCUCCCAUAACUGGCGAGGCGUACUCACAGUCACUCGCUCAGCAAAUAGUAAAUAAAUGUCUCGAACGGCUGGAGGUUCUAGCCCAGCUGAGUUCUAGGUAUAAUUGAGAAUAUAAUAUUCGAUUAUAAACUUGCUUUCCCUCUCGAUUCGAAGGGUAGAGUCAAGACAAUGGCGCCUGCUACAAGGAACAGAGCGCCACUAACGU